AUGGACUUGCCCUUUGUUGGAGAAACAUUUGGCUUUUUUACCCCUCAUAAAUCAUUCUCCAUUGGCAACUUCUUGCAAAAACAUCGAUCUAGAUAUGAACAAGUAUGCAAAUCCUAUCUUUUUAGGUCUCCAACAAUUGUUUCGUGUGACUUAGCACUCAACAGAUUUGUCCUUCAGAAUGAAGGCAAGUUGUUCCAAAGCAGCUAUCCAAAAUCAGUUAGGGACAUUCUUGAUAAACACGCUUUGAUGCUUGUCACUGAUGCUGACCUUCACAAAAAGUUCCGAAGCAUUGAAAUCGGUCUCAUCAAUAAAUUCAAGUACACACCGGAUUCUCUCAGUAAUAUUGAUAAACUGUGCGUCUCAUUAAUGGAAUCAUGGAGAGGAAAUCAACUUGUUCUCUUCUCAAAAGAAUCUAAACAGUUUAGCUUUAAUCUCAUGUUGAUGGAUUUGUUGGACAUGCAACCAGGAGAGCCACUUGGUUUGCAGUUACUAGAAGAUUUCCUCACCUUCAUGAAAGGCUUGAUCUCCAUUCCAAUUAACCUUCCCUGGACACCCUAUGCCAGGGCCUUGAAGGUCGUAAAUGAGACUCUACGUUGUGGCAACUUGGUGAAGUUUGUUCACAGGGAAACUAUCAAGGAUGUAGAAUUCAAAGAUCCAGCCACAAGCAAGAAGGUGAUUCCAUUCGGAGGUGGAUUGCGGUUGUGUCCCGGGUCGGAGCUUGCUAAAUUAGAAGCAACUUUCUUCCUACACCAUCUUGUCCUCAACUACAGGUGGACAGUGAAAGAAGAUGAUUAUCCAAUGCCGUACCCAUAUAUGGAGUUCCCAAGAGGAUUGCUAAUAGCUUUGGAGGCAGAAACUACCGAAUUUUAG